GCUUUUUGAUAGAUUCACUUCUAUACUGUGACAUGAACCAAUGUAUUUAUGAUUUCAGCGGAUGCUGAACGUAUGUUGAUGGUCACUUGGAUGAAUAUGUGCUGUUAGGGAAGCUCAGAAAGUGAGUGUACUAUAGAAGGCUGUGUUAAAACGGAGGCCACCUGAAGAUUAAUUAUGGACUCUGAUAAUCAUGAAAAUAGCAAUCAUUCACCAGAGGAUACGGAACAAGAGAUGGACUCGUUGGGCCCUCAUCGUAUUACCCGUCGAGAGGCCCAGUACAGGAAAAAAGGAUCUGUGCGACCCUCACAGCCCCAGCCUGUUACAGAGACUAAUUCUGAACCCAACCCAGUCUCUCCUUCUGUACAGCAUAACCUACUGUAUGGAGAAGCACUGUAUACAGUCCUACAUCGCAUGGGAUGUCCGGAGACUGACCAGGUAUCUGAUGUUGAUGAACUGUAUGACUAUUUACGGAAGGCCUUCAACAUGGAGCCUGACGAACAUCAAGCCAUUCUGGAACAUGUCAAAGGCCUUGCGCCUCCGAUUUUCUGUGUUAAAGUUACUGUAAAAGAAGCCAAGGGGAUUCUGGGGAAGGAUGUCAGUGGUUUCAGUGACCCUUAUUGCAUGCUGGGAAUUGAUAGUCGCUCAGAUCAACAAUCCAGGGAAAACAGCCCAAGUCGUGACAAGAAGCAAAAGCAGAAAGCCGUGGUGCGCAAUACAAUUCCAGAAGAUCGAACUCACAAGACUCAAAUUAAGCCCCAGACCUUAAACCCUGUGUGGAACGAGACUUUCAUAUUGGAAAUUGACAACAUUGAAUACGCAAAAUUUCAAAUGGACAUGUGGGAUUCAGAUGACUUAGAAACAGGCAGAUCUAAACUCGGAGAGAUAACAGAUCUGCACUCACUAAAGAGAAUAAUUAAAGAUGCUCGAAAGGACAAAGGACAAGAUGAUUUUUUGGGAAAUGUAGUCCUGCGCGUGCGGGAUCUGAAGUGUAAGGAAGAUUGCUGGUACCACCUGGAGCCUCGCACAGAGACAUACCCCGAAAGAGGACAAUGCCAUCUGCAGUUUCUUCUCACACACAAGAAGAGAUUGGGCAUGCUGAGCAAAACCCCCAGCUACAUUGUACACCGUCAGCUGCUACAGCAGUUUGUCCGUUAUGAGAUCACUCGUCAUCAGGCUACGGGAAGCACGUGGAAUGGGGAUAUCAGCCCUCAUGGCAUUACUAUCUUAUAUCUGCACGCUACCCAAAAAGACAUAUCUGAGUUUCAUCAAGGCCUUGCGCAGUGGCUGGCUUAUAGCAAACUGUACCAGAGUUUGGAGUUUAGUAGCAGUUGCCUGUUGCAUCAUAUUACAAGUAUUGAGUACCUGUGGGUACAAGGCCGACUGCAGGAUGAGCAGAAAGCUGAACUGUCAGAGUCUUUUGAGUCACUAUUGCAAUAUGGUAUAUCGCUGCUGAAGAAGUAUCGCAUUAUGUUCCCACUUUCAGCACCACGGUCCCUUGAACGCUUGCAGGGUCUGCUAAGGGUGCUCAUUCAAAUGUGUAAGACCAAAGCAUUCCGUGAGAUGUGCUCUUUGACCCCGACUCUACAAGAACAAGUGUCUGAGGCCAUUAAGGUUGGUACCCAUGAAUGGUUUCAUAUGAAACGUCAACAUCUGCAACCAAUGAUCCAGAGUCAUGAAGACAAUCUGAAGUCAUUACUGAACCUUGUGGCUGAUAUCACCUCUGAUCUGCAGAGCUGCCACAAGUCCUUUAACAAGUGUUUCAUGAACACUAUUAAGGUGGAUAUAUUCAGUCUGGCAUUCCUGGAGCUGCAGGAACUGGUUUCCGAGCACUUACUUAGUCAGCUGCCACCCCUGGAGAAGGGGUCUCAGCCUCCACUGUCUGAGCUCCUGUAUCAGCUAUACCUCACCCUGCGAGAGCUCUAUCAGCUUCACGUCCACCAAAGCACGAGUGAUGAGCAGCUCCAUUUGUCGCAAUUCCAUCGCUGGUUUGUGGAGUUAUUGCCCAGCUGGCUGCUGAAAGCAUACAAUACCGCGAAGGAGAGAGUGCAAAGAGCUGUACAAAUAGAUCAGUUAGUGCCACUGUCAGAUUUUCAGAAACACAGUGCAUCAACUGUAGAUCUGUCCACAUGUUUCACGCAAAUGGGACGCACAUGGAAACAGCUAGACUGGCCUGAUCCAGAGGAGGCAUUCAUGAUCAUGGUUAAAUUCACAGAGGAUAUGUGCCGUAUUGCCCUUACAUACUGCUCACUGAUUAAGAAACGAGCUGAAGAACUAUCAGGUAGAGGAGACGCCGGAGGAGUUGCAAACAAGCUGUGUCUUGUAGUAAAUAAUAUUGAACAGUUGCGUUUGGUGGUGCGGUCGUUGCCAAAAAAUUUGGAAUGGGAAGUUCUAGAGCACAAAACGAGUAAUGUUAUAAGCCAAGAGCAAUUCCAGCAUACAUUGAAUGGACAACUCCAGAUUGCUGUAGGAUGUCUGGACCAUGAGAUCAGAUUGGUGAUACAAGCACUGGCUCAGAAACUUGUCUCUGGAAUUGCUAAACACCUUCACUCUCUGGCUGCUUCAAAUGACUCAAAAGAUCCUAAUGAUUCUAUUGUACCAUUGAUGAAGUUCCUGGAAUCCGAGUUGCAGUAUAUGAACCAGAAUCUAGUGCAGGAAAACUUCAAUUGUCUCCUAUCCCUGCUCUGGUCUCACAUCCUUACAGUGAUCUCCAGUCUGUCGAAACAUUCCAGCUCCUCUCCCCGGUACUACCAGAGAUUGCACACUGCGCUAAAGAAUCUGGAGCUAUGUUUCCAUGCAGAAGGUUGUGGCCUGCAGCUGGAGAACCUUCAUAUAUCCACUUUCACUGAUCUGGAGAAAGAACUUCAGAUUUGCUCUUCUUCCACUCGGAAAGUCAUAGAGUGUUACUACCAGCAGCGGAUCCAGCAGCAACAGGAAUCCACUUCUGAGAAAUAUGGCGCAGUCACAAUAAAAGUCAGCUAUCUACCGUCAGAGCAGAAAUUGCGAGUGGAGAUCCUUAAUGCAGUCAAUCUCAUUCCCCGAAAUGCAAAUGGCAGUUGUGACCCAUUUGUGCAAAUCACACUGGAACCCAAGCACCUUUUUCCAGCAGUGGAGCAACGUUCUACCCAAACACAAAAGGAUGAACUGAACCCGCUGUACGAUGAGACCUUUGACUUCCUUGUCACCCAUGAACAAUGUGAAGUGGCCGGAGCUUGCCUUUUACUGUCGGUCUUUGAUUAUGAAACAUUUCUGUCUAAUAACUUGGAGGGGGAAGCAUUUGUGGCCUUGGGAGAUCUUAUAGCAUUACAGAAUGAACAGGAGAACAAUGGACAUUUGACCAACAUACCACAGAGGCGAUUGUCCCUAAAUCAACCCAAUCCCCAAGGAGAUCGACUCAUUGACUUACUAGAGUCUCGUCGCUCAGAUAAAGAGGCUGCCAUGUUUGUGAAGUUACGCAGACAAAGGGCUCGGCAAUACGUGAAGUGUGAGCGGUGA